GAAUGGCGCUCCUCUGGGGUGAACUGGCCCUUUAAAGCAGACAACGUUUUACCUGUGAGACUAAACUCAGGGCCGAGUUCCGCACUUUUACCAGUGGUGGCAGUUUAAGGCCUGCCAUUGGCUGACUGGCUGCCAAUCAAAUUCCUCUGCGCUCCUAUUGGCCGGUUUUACUGUGUGCGCUCGUUCUUGUUUCUCGGGCGGUUAAAGUGAGCGGGGCGCGUGCCUGAGUCCCCCUCAGCCCGUUCCGAUCCGAGCAGCCCCGCCCCGCUGUGACGUUACGGUGUAGAUAUCAGGGAGACCCGCUGGCAGCAGGCAGAGCCGGGCGGGAGCAGGUUCGCGUGGUUCUCUAAAGUUUCUCUAAAGUUUCUCACUGCUCUUUAACGGCUCGUGCGUUUAACUGCCGUUUGUUGUAGUUUAUGUCAGUCAAGUAAAAACUACCGACGGACCAGUUUACGGCAUGUCGUGUAGCAGAGCGUGACAGGAAACACGUGCGUUCACAGUGUAACGUUAAGCUAACAUCUAUCGUUCAACCCUUACUGACUGACUGACAGGCUGCUGAACCAGUAACUAACUAACUAACUAACUGACUAACUAACUAACUGACUGACUGACUGACAGGCUGGUGGUUUACUGACUGAUCACUCACUGACGGAAUGUGAGUAGCAUCUGGAGAUCUCAUUGAUCAUCGAUUGGUUCCUGAUCCAACCGGUUUUACAGAAACACAGACGGACACCUGUGUGCUGAAGACAGGUAACCAAAACAGCGUCUUUCACAGAUUCUGGUGAUGGAUGAGCCCCCCAGCACAGAGGAGCCCCCGGUCUGCGAGGAAGAGGACUCGUCUUCGUCUCGUGUUGUGGGGCUCAGUCUGUGUGACUCGGCCCCCCUGCUGUGGAGGGUGGAGGACCUGCGGUCAGUGAGGUCUCAGGGCCUGGUGGGGGCGCUGCUGGGUUCACUGUCCCGAACCCCCCGACAGAACGUACGACUGGGCCGACCGCUGCUGCUGCUGCCAGAGGAGGAGAGACUGCUGACAGAACGCCACGCUGCUGCAGCUUUACCACCUGCUAACCAGGAUGGAGGAGGGGCGGACCUCCGUCUGCAGGUGGAGCAGCACAAGGAGGACCAGCAGAGGAGCUAUGAGGAGCAGAGUGUCCUCGCUCUGGAGGACAGGAAGUCAGCGCUGCUCCGAGCCAUGACCUCAUCACACGCAAGUUCAGAGUCUGGAGCUGGGACCGCAGACGAGGCGCUGCGGGACCGCCUGGAGGCCCUGGACCGAAACUUUACCUUCCCUCGGUCGGCGCUGGCGGUCCAGCUGAGCACAGCGAGGGCGGGGCUGACUUACUGUCCCGAGGCCCGGGCCUUCCUGCAGGCCGACUGGCCAAUCAGAGGGCAGAACGACCUGCGCUGCGACGCCAGGUACCAGGUGUUCAGAGACCUGAGGGGGCGGGGCUUCUACCUGACCUCGGCUGGGAAGUUUGGAGGAGACUUCCUGGUGUAUCCAGGUGAUCCUCUUCGUUUCCACGCUCACUUCAUCGCUGUCUGUCUGUCUCUGGACGAGUCCGUCUGUCUGCUGGACGUCCUCGCUGUGGCUCGUUUGGGAUCCAACGUGAAGAAGACCGUCCUGCUCUGCUCGCCGGGGACGGACGGAGGAGUUCUGUACACCUCCUUACAGUGGAGCGGGAUGGUUUAGAUCAGUACUGGGAUCAGCAGCCUGAUCGGGAACCUGAACCUCUGAAAGGGGUCUGAGUGUUUGUCCUGCUGGUCUGCGCUGCACUCAGGGACACUGUGACUCCUCGUGUUACCUGCUGUGGAAUAAACCAGAACCAGGACCCCUGCUGCUCCCGGGGCCCAGGUUUGGAACCGCAGACUGAGAUCAGACGCUGUUAAAACCUUUUGACUGUCUUGAUCUGAGAGAAACCGGAGACGAACAACGAGACAACACGGAUGUUGUGAAAAGGAAAAUCUGACUUUCGUUAUUUCUUGUAAAUCAAUAAAUAAAUACAAUCUGAACGGAAAUGAAGGGGA